UCUCUUUCUCUCUCUCUCUCUCUCUCUUCCUCGCUCCCUCUCUUUCUCUCCUCCCUCUGCCUUCCCCGUGCAUAAAGUCUCCGUCGCUCUUGGAACUUGUUGGCAAUGCCUAUUUUUCAGCUUUCCCCCGCGUUCUCUAAACUAACUAUUUAAAGGUCUGCGGUCGCAAAUGGUUUGACUAAACGUAGGAUGGGACUUAAGUUGAACGGCAGAUAUAUUUCACUGAUCCUCGCGGUGCAAAUAGCGUACCUGGUGCAGGCCGUGAGAGCAGCGGGCAACUGCGAUGCGGUCUUUAAGGGCUUUUCGGACUGUUUGCUCAAGCUGGGCGACAGCAUGGCCAACUACCCGCAGGGCCUGGACGACAAGACGAACAUCAAGACCGUGUGCACAUACUGGGAGGAUUUCCACAGCUGCACGGUCACAGCCCUUACGGAUUGCCAGGAAGGGGCGAAAGAUAUGUGGGAUAAACUGAGAAAAGAAUCCAAAAACCUCAACAUCCAAGGCAGCUUAUUCGAACUCUGCGGCAGCGGCAACGGGGCGGCGGGGUCCCUGCUCCCGGCGCUCCCAGUGCUUCUGGUGUCUCUCUCGGCAGCUUUAGCGACUUGGCUUUCCUUCUGAGCGCGGGGCCGGCUCCCCCCCGCGCGCCCACCCACACUCACUCCAUGCUCCCGGAAAUCGAGAGGAAGAUCCAUUCGUUCUUUGGGGACGUUGUGAUUCUCUGUGAUGCUGAAAACACUCAUAUAGGAUUGUGGGAAAUUCCGAUUCUCCUUUUGAUUUCGUUCGA